AUGGCGAAGCGCGCUUUGGUCACGGAACGCCUCAUGAGAGGCGAAUGGACCUGCUCAGGCAGGUACUGCGGGGUUGUCGAGCAACCCAACACAGUCUGCGCUGCGUGCAGGCAGCGCAGCAGGGACUACCGCCAGUCCCUGACGGAGGCGAAGAACUAG